AUGGUCCGAAUGAACGAAUGUGAAUAUAAUCGCCAAUCACUUAUCCAACUAUCGCCAUUCUCCCACCAAGUUGGCGGUCAUUCGACGAUGUUUCAGUAUGAUAAAAAUACUCUGUGCAAAGUCCUAGAUCCACCGGAAUUGUAUUUUUAUCAAUCAAUGCCUGAGUCGUUAAAAAAAUUCACGCCGGAGUUUCGCGGUAAGAUAACAGUACAAUAUUGGGAAGAUGAACUAGGCUAUGUGAAGCUUGUUGCUCGACCAGAAACAAGCAGCUCCGACGAUGAACAUUCAUCAAAUGAAGAUCAUGCUCCAGUUACUACUACUGAUCAGCAGUCGGUUGAUAAUAAUACACGCAAAUUAGUACAAUUACGCUGCUCCGAAGAUGGUCAUAUCGACUAUUCGAACAGUUUAGGCAAUGAUGUUGUUAAUUAUGAACAAGGAAAGAUUACAAUGGCUAAGAUCAAUCCUUGGAGUUUGGAAUUAUGUAAGAAACAAGCGGAAAAGCUGCACCAAGAAUUAAUCGAUGCAGAAUACGUCGCUGUUUCACAAAAAUAUAUUCUGUUAGAAAAUGUCACCGCUCGCUUUCGCCAUCCGUCUAUCCUUGAUUUGAAAAUGGGCAAACGACAGUAUGCUGAUAUUGAUUCAGAUGAAAAACGGCAAUCAAAAAUUCAGAAAUGUGAACUAUCAACGUCAUCUACACUUGGCGUACGAUUAUGUGGAAUGCAGGUUUACCAGGUUGACAGCGGUCGAUACAUCUUUACCGACAAAUAUCGAGGUCGACUGUUAUCGGUUGAAGGUUUCCGCUCUGCUCUAGUAGAAUUUUUCGAUAAUGGACGAACGAAACGUCUCGAUGUUCUGCCUGAAAUCAUCGAUCGUCUCAGAACAUUAUACGAAACAAUCAAUUCACUAGCCCGAUACCGCUUUUACAGUGGUAGCCUGCUUAUCGUCUACGAUAGUUCCCUUCAAUCAGAUCUGAUCGAUGUACGUAUGAUUGAUUUCGCUCAUUCGAUACAUGCUUCAACAACCGAUGAAACAUCGGCAUCAAACAUUCAUAUGGGCCCAGAUAAAGGUUAUUUAUGUGGACUCGAACAUUUGAUUAAUAUUUUCAAAGAAAUUUUCAACGAAGGAAAUGCUUCCGCGCCAGCAAAUAUUAAUUAG